AUGAGAAGCUGGAGUGUUUCUCUACUUCUGCUGCAGCUCUUUGGGUCUUGUUUCUGCCAAUUCCCUCGCCCAUGUGCCAACUCGGAGGGGCUUCGGACCAAAGAGUGCUGCCCCGUGUGGGACGGGGACGGCUCGGCCUGCGGCGCCCUGUCAGGCCGCGGCUUCUGCACGGAGGUGCUGGUUUCAGAGGAGCCCCACGGGCCCCAGUACCCGCACAGUGGGAUCGACGACAGGGAGCGCUGGCCUUUGGCCUUCUUCAACCGGACUUGUCGCUGUGCCGGGAACUACGGAGGUUUUAACUGCGGCGAAUGCAAGUUUGGCUACUGGGGCUCAAACUGUGCGACGUACAGGGAGUCGGUGCGCAGGAACAUCCUGACCAUGUCGAAAGCAGAACAGCAGAAGUUCAUCUCUUAUCUGAACUUGGCUAAAAACACCAUCAGCCGGGACUACGUCAUCUCCACAGCAACGAGAGCAGAGAUGGGCGAGAAUGGCGAGAACCCCAUGUUUUCUGACAUCAACACGUACGACCUGUUCGUCUGGAUGCACUACUACGUAUCUCGAGACACCUUGCUGGGGGGGCCGGGGAACGUCUGGCGAGACAUCGACUUUGCCCACGAGUCUGCGGGCUUUCUGCCCUGGCACAGAGUGUUCCUGCUUCACUGGGAGAACGAGAUCCGGAAGAUGACCGGAGAUUUCAACUUCACCAUCCCCUACUGGGACUGGAGAGACGCCCAGUCCUGUGAGGUGUGCACCGACGCUCUGAUGGGCGGACGCAGCCCGCUCAACCCCAACCUCAUCAGCCCUGCGUCCGUCUUCUCCUCAUGGAAGGUGAUCUGCACCCAGCCAGAGGAGUACAACAGCCGAGAGGUGUUAUGCAACGCCACCGGGGAGGGACCGCUGCUGCGUAACCCUGGCAACCACGAUUCCAACCGCACUCCACGACUCCCCACAUCAGCUGACGUGGAGCUGACGCUGGGCCUGCGCGACUACGAGACGGGACCCAUGGACCGGUUCGCCAACAACAGCUUCAGAAACGUCCUGGAAGGUUUUGCGAGUCCAGAGACCGGUUUGAUCGUGCCGGGCCAGAGCACCAUGCACAACGCUUUACACAUCUUCAUGAAUGGCUCCAUGUCUUCCGUCCAGGGUUCAGCCAACGACCCCAUAUUCCUGCUGCACCAUGCUUUCAUUGACAGCAUCUAUGAACGCUGGCUGAGGACCCACCAGCCCGUCCGUGAAAACUACCCACGUGCCAAUGCCCCAAUUGGCCACAACGACGGCUACUACAUGGUGCCGUUCUUUCCUCUCUAUCGAAACGGAGACUAUUUCCUGUCCAACAAAGCUCUGGGAUUUGAGUACGCCUACCUGUUAGACCCUGGCCAGAGGUUCGUCCAGGAGUUCCUGACGCCUUACAUCGAGCAGGCCCAGGAGAUCUGGCAGUGGCUGCUGGGAGCCGGGAUCCUCGGGGCCGUGAUCGCAGCAAUCUUUGCAACAGUGAUUGUUGUUGCGAGAAGGAAGUGGAAACGUAACCAGAAGAGGAAGAGAGCAAAGAGCUACGGAGAGAGGCAGCCGCUGCUGCAGAGCAGCUCGGAGGAAGGUUCCUCUUCAUAUCAGACCACUCUGUAACAAACAAAGAC